AUGAAGGCAAAGAAGAGCAUGCAGAGAAAGAGAGACAGAGAGAGAGAGAGAGAGAGAGAACGACUGGGAGCUUUGUUGGAUCAGCCAUAUUGUCGGGCAAAUCAUAGGCAGUCGGUCGAAUCCCAGCCUUCGAUCAACCUGCCUUUCCACGUGGAUGCUCUUGGUACUUUUCGUCUUGGAUAUCUGUCAUCAACAAGUGCUUCUGCUCAUUUGAGUUUGGAGCUUGCCAGAUCAAGAUGUCGAGGAAAUUUGUCCAAAUUAAAGAAAUUGAUGACAAAACAUCAGCAUGGACCGCAAUUGUUCAGGUUGUGGAGAAGAGUCAUAUCCAAAUUAGCAAGCCACCAAAAAAUCUCCCAUACAGAAGAUAUUUGCUCACAGACUCAGAAGAAAAGACCAAUGUUGUUCACUCUAUGGAACGAGUUUGAAGCAAAUGAGGGUGUCCAACUAUCAUCAACAAUCCCAACAGGAAAUAUCGUGCUCGCAAUGAGGAUCAAAGUCACAACUUUCAACUGUUUAUCUCUAACGACAAGGUUGCCGACCUGCAUUCUAAUCAACCCACCUAUGCAAGAAGCAGUUAAUUUAAAACAAUGGUACAUAGAACACAAAGCUGAAGUUGCACAUCUAAUGGAAAACAAAGCAUUCAUGAAUGCCUCUGUCCUUUCGCCACCACCAAAUGACAAUCAUGUUGUCACAGUUCAAGCAGCUUUGCGUUCACUUAAUAAAACACUACAUGGGUGCAAGAUCAGGUCACCAUGGUCACAAACCAGAAAUCCUUAUGGUUCAGUGCAUGUGGACAGUCACACUAAGCUUGAAGUUCCAGUUGGUUGGGAAGUGAAAUGCACAAUAUGUCAAGAACAAACCAAUGUAGAGCCGAGAUGUCGGUUUGUUGUGGCUAUUAAUGACGGAACAGGAGUAUUAAAUGCACUCAUUUAUGCUGAAGAUGCUGAAAAGUUGAUUCCAUUUACUGCAUUACAAAUAUAUGAGGCGGAGAAAGAGGGCAACAAUUUGCUGUCAGAAAUCGUAACAGGCUUCUGGAAGAAAACUAUCACAUGGUUCGUUAGGCAUUAUGAGUCAGAUUAUGGAUAUCCUAUGGACAAAUACACCAUAGUGAAACUAUACUUAGAAGAUGAGAUUCAUGGAGAAGCAAGGCAACAUGCAAGAAUAGAAAACCAAGUUGCGGCAGAUGAGCACCUGAUAACACCAACUGGUAGCCAAAUUCCAUUUGCAGGUGAUGAUUCGCCUUACUCCAGAAUGGAAAGAGAAGUAGAAAAACAAUCAGCAGGAAGCUCCACCAAGCGAAAACUAAUCUUCAGCGGCCCAAGUGAUUCCAAAGGUGAAACCAACCAGGAAAAAUCGUCAAAACAGCAUAUCGGCACUUCAAAUGUGGAAGAAAAAGAUUUCAAUCCGUAAAAACCACGUUUUUAGGAUCUUUAACUUGCACAUUAUAUUUUUAGUCAUUUGCUUUUGUAAGGGAGAUAACAAUGAACCCCAACUAUUUUGCGUAGUGGCAUUAUCUUAGAAAUAUUAUUGCUGAUUAAGCUUAUAGUGCUUAAUGAGCAUUAAUAUUUUGCAUUUUCAUUUAGCCACACAUUAGAAAAUACAUGUGGCACAAAUGGUUGCAAUCUAUCUGUGUAUGGUUUGUGUAUGGUAUGUGUAUAUACCUUCAAGACUUCGAACAAACAUAUUUUGGUGUAAUAUUUUGGUGUUUGCAUAAAUAUAAGAAUGGUUGUUGCUAUGUGAGUUAUUAAAAUUUUUGCAUAUGGAUGCUAAUCAAAUAAUGUAAUCACUGG